AUGCCGAUACUACGAGAUGAUACACCAGAUUUUCGUGAAGCUUUUAGUCUUUUUGAUGAUCGUGGUGAUGAUAAAAUUUCGAAACAUUUAUUUGGUGAAGUUGUUCGAGCACUUGGAUUAAAUCCCACUGAAGGACAAAUUAAAAGUACAACACAAAAUUUAAAAACUGAUCGAAUUUCAUUUGAAGAAUUUCUACCAUUAUAUGAUUCUUUAGCAAAAAAGAAAGAUAAUAGUAUGAGUGAAGAAGAACUGAUCGAAGGUUUAAAAGUUUUUGAUAAAGAACAAAAUGGUAAUAUAUCAUCAGCUGAACUUCGUCAUUUAUUAACAAAUCUUGGUGAACGUUUAACUGAUGAAGAAGUCGAACAAUUACUCACAGGUCUUGAAGAUAAAAAUGGGCUGAUUCAUUAUGAAGAAUGGAUUCGAAAAUUACUUCGCAAUUAA